UCUCUCUCUCUGGCUUUAAGUUUCACAACAAAGAAAAAGAAAAAAAAAACAUAACAUGCAGAAGCUGAAAUAUGGUAUUCUGUUCAUGUCGUUUUCCACAGUUGACCCUCGAAAAUCACUUAAUUUCCACUCUUGCAACACCUAAAACACACCCGACAGAGGCAAAGAGAGGGUGAGGGAACUGUUGUUUUUUUUCCUUGGGAGUUUUACUUUCAUGGUCAUGGAGGCGAGCUUCCAAGUUGGAGAUGUGAUUGAGUUCUUGAGCAAGAAUGGCUUAAAAGAAGCUGUUAAAGCUCUCGAACAAGACAUGGUGGAGAAAAAUGAAAAAGAAGAAAAAGUAGGUGCUUCUGAUUUCGAGAAGUUCUUGUUCCCCAUGCCGCAGCCGGUGAGGAUUCCAGCGAUAAUCCAGAGAUCGGAGGUGGACCAGAAAGUGAAUUCCAGUGAUGGCGAUGAAUUCGUCAGCUUGAGGUCUUGUUCUAGUGAUGUUUGCUCUUCAGACUUUGUGAAUCCAUAUGGACUUCAUUCUGCAUCUCAGGCUGAUUCUGAUACUUCUUCCGAUCGAUUAUCUCAAUUCGGGACGGCACGCGAUUAUCCUGAUUUCGAAAUGCAGAGCGACUUGUUUUGGCACGAUGACGAAAAGGAAGACCUCUUCUUGACUCCUUGUUUUGCUGGGUCGGAUUUAUACGGCUGCCCCAGUCAGGAUAAGUUUGUCACUACUUCGGAGAUCGAGCUGCAAUGUGAUAACACGCUGAUUUCGUAUGACAAAUCCGAUGGAUUUCAAACCGAAGAUGGCAUUGAUUACUUGGACAAACCAUGCCUUUUUAAUAUGGCCGGCAUAAAUGGAGAAAAUGAGCUAAAGGUUGCUGGAGACAUUGACGUCGAUCAUAAUGGAGCUUCCGAACAUAUAUCAAAAAUGAACUUUUACUCAGCCAGAAGGGGUUCAAAUGAUUUUAUUGAUGAGUUUGGUGGUGAUUCUGACCUAGUGAACAAGAUUUUUGAGAAGAAAUUAUUACCAGAUACAAUUGACAGUAAUGAAGUUGAAGAUGGAAAACUCGGUGAACUUCAGGAUGCUGCAAAUGAAGAGGGCGGUGCUACGGAUGAACUUCAAAUGCACUCUAAUGAGGAUGAGGAUGAAGUGUUCGAUUUGCAAAAUCAGUCCAUAAAACUUGUAUAUUAUGCCAUAUGCAGGACUGGAUUUGAAGAAAACAAGGAUCUGCCGAUCGUGAUAAAUAGUGUCAUUGCUGGAAGGUAUUAUGUAACCGAAUACUUGGGUUCGGCUGCUUUUAGUAAGGUUGUUCAAGCGCAUGAUCUUCUCACGGGGAUCUAUGUUUGCCUGAAGAUCAUAAAAAACGACAAAGAUUUCUUCGACCAGAGUUUGGAUGAAAUUAAGCUUCUAAAGCUUGUUAAUAAGCAUGAUCCCGGAGACAGGUGCCACGAGCACCUCUUCAUUGUCUGUGAACUGCUUCGAGCAAACUUGUAUGAAUUUCAGAAAUUCAAUCAAGAAUCGGGUGGAGAAGCUUAUUUUACACUAAGCAGGUUGCAGGUCAUAACUCGACAAUGUUUGGAGGCACUUAGUUACUUGAAUGAGUUGGGAAUUAUUCACUGCGAUCUAAAGCCUGAGAAUAUUCUUAUAAAAAGUUAUAGACGAUGUGAGAUAAAGAUUAUCGAUCUUGGAAGCAGUUCUUCCGGUCAGACAAUCUAUGUCUAUACGUUCAAUCUCGCUCCUACAGAGCCCCGGAAGUAA